CGGCAGUUAUAAAUACCAGUCAGUGCAGCUGCUACUCAGCCCCCUGCGAAGUUUAGCUCCAGCUAUCUGCUCUGUGUGACCUGACAGAAGACAUGGCUUCUUCUUGGAGACUCUGCCAGUUUUUCAGCAGGGCUGCUGCUGCUCGCAGGACACUGUACCUGAGCAGACCAUGCCUGAGAGCAAUGAGUGUUGGGGGUGGGUAUCUCUGCCUAUGUGUGCUGCCUUGCUUCUUGCUACUUUUUAUUCUGGGGUUAAAGGGUUAACGUGUAAGCUUUAAAAUCACACUAAGUUCAUAUGGUACACAGCUUGUCCUGCACUGUAUACACACUGUAUCCCCCCUGUGCUGCAAUGCAGUGUGUGCCACUAUGUAUCCCAGUGAAGGGCAGAGCUGAGGUCAGUGCACUUGUCUACUUAUAAUACUUCAUGCACAGACUGAGUACUCUGCACGUACUCUUACUCCAAUAGGCAGAGUGCUAGGGAGACACCCAUUCCUUAUAUGUCACUUACAGGCUUUAUUAUGACCUUGGCCUCCAGCUCAGAGCUGUGUGUUUGUGUGUUCAGUGUGGUUUCACAAUCUGCAGUGAAUAAAGUGAUCUGUGCCAAAAUAGAUUAAAUAUAAAAUCUGUUGCUUGUUUUCGUUGAUUUUGCCUUUGGGCCCAUACUUCUAACUAUUUUUUGUUUCUCCUAAUCUGAAGUUGGUUAGUCACGAGUCAGUGGCCACUGGCCAGCAUAUCAUUAAAGUUUUCAUAAUGCACAAACAAGUGUUGAAAAGAGUGAUGAUAUGUACAAUAUGCCUGCAUUAUAUUUGUGUACUUUUAUUUCGUUUUUGUUGCUGUUUUUUUUUCUUUUUUCAAUAAUAAAAAAGUAGCAUAGAAAAUUGUCUGCCAUUAGUUGUGCAAUUUCUUCCCCCCUCAGCCUUAUUGAUGACUGGAUAUGCUGCUGAGAGGCUCAGCAUCUGAUCAUGUCACGAUUUUGUGACGUUAUUCUGAAAUAUAAUGGAUUUUUUUGUGGAUGUAGAACCUUCAGACAUUUAUUUUUAUGAAAUAUUUUGCUAGGAAGGAUACAUUGCGAUUUCUCUAGUACUCAAGAAUGUCCUUAUGCUUAGUCUUGUAACAAGAUUUUAUUUUUGUCAACUGGAACCCUUAAAAGACUGGUCUGCAUAUUGUACUAUGUUCUAGGGCUGUCGUUAACUGGUUCAGGAGGUGAAGUUGGAUCUCCUUAACCCCUUAAGGACACAUGACAUGUGACAUGUCAUAAUUCCCUUUUAUUCCAGAAGUUUGGUCCUUAAAGGACCACUCUAGGCACCCAGACCACUUCCGCUUAAUGAAGUGGUCUGGGUGCCAGGUCCUUCUAGGGUUAACCCAUUUUUUUAUAAACAUAGCAGUUUCAGAGAAACUGCUAUGUUUAUGAAUGGGUUAAGCCUUCCCCCUAAUCCUCUAGUGGCUGUCUCAUUGGCAGCCACUAGAGGCGCUUGCGUGCUUCUCACUGUGAUUUUCACAGUGAGAGCACGCAAGCGUCCAUAGGAAAGCAUUGUAAAUGCUUUCCUAUGCGACGGGCUGAAUGCGCGCGCAGCUCUUGCCGCGCGUGCGCAUUCAGCCCAGGAGGAGGAACGGAGGAGGAGAGAAGGAGAGCUCUCCGCCCAGCGCUGGAAAAAGGUACGUUUUUUCCCCCUUUCCCCCUUCCAGAGACGGGCGGGAGGGGGACCCUGAGGGUGGGGGCGAGUGUUUUCCUGGCACUAUAGUGGUCCUUUAAGGGGUUAAAGGGAUGGUCACUGCCCAAAUAUGAAGAAAAUAGAAAAAUCACUUUAGUAGAUACACACCUGAUGAAAACAUGCAUAUAUUUAAUUGAUGGUAUAUUGCAAAACAUGUAGAUCUCUUGUUUGAAGCCUUUGUUAACCCUCCCCUUCUAAUCCCGGUCAGACUUUGUGGCUGUCCAGACUAUCCAAUGCAGCUCAAUGAGAAGUCUUUGCAAGGCAGGUGCUCUGGGAAAUUGCAGCCUCUUGAGUUUAGCUCCACUGAGAUAUCCAAACCUGAGAUGCCAAUUUCUUGAAAUCUCCACUUUUUGUAAAAUAUGGGAAAAAAGGGACACUCUAAACACAUAAAGCACUUUAGGAAGCCAACGUGCCUCUAGCAUUAAUUAAUGCUUUCCUAUGUGGAUUCCGGUGACGCUGGAAGUCCUCAUGCACAGCAUGAGGAUAUCUGCGUCAUUUAGGCGACCAAAAGUCUUCUGAGCACCCGGAAGUCCUUCUAGUGGCUGUCUGGUAGACAGCAAUAAUAAAGAAAUACAGAAACUGCAAUAAUUACCACUGUAGGGUUAAGGGACAUGGGACAUCAAGGGGGAUUUCUUUUGAUAACCUAUUUAUAUUUAUAAAUCAAUUUAUAAAUAAGCUAUUUAAAAAUGAGGUGGGAGGCGAACAAACUGUUUUGUUUUGAUAAUUUCUACACAACUAGUGCAACUAAAGGAAAAAUACCUAAAUAGAUGUAUUGGUCCUGAUCAUAAAAAUAUCUGAUUUUAUAUGUGGAAAUUUCAGAAACAAAUAUUGGCGUUGAAAAGCUUAAAGGGACACUAUAGUUACCAGAACUAUAGCUUAUUGUAUUUCUUCUGUUGAGUAUAAUCAUUCCCUUCAGGCUUUUUGCAAUAAAGACUGUCUUGUUAGAGAAAAUGCAGUGUUUACAUUACAGCCUAGGGAUAACUCCACUGGCCGUUCCUCAGAUGGCUGCUAGAGGUGCCUCCUGGGGCAAUGCUGCACUGUGUCCAGCACUGACAUUCAGUGUCUCCACUGCAUCUCUGAGGAGAUGCUAAUUGGCCAGGGCUGUUUUUGACUUCUGCCCCUGAACUGCCUCCUUGACGGUCUCUGCCAAUUCAAUGCUUUCCAACAGGAAAGCAUUGUGAUUGGCUUUGAUAAAUACUUCUGAUGUCAGCCAGAGGCAGAUCAGGGGCAGAGCAAGCAGCUGCAGACUUGAAUACAAGUAAGAUUUUACUAUAUUUAGGACGAAAGAGUGGGCUAGGGAGACUAGAUUGUGUUUUUUUUUUUUUUUUUUUACACUAUAGGGUCAGGAUUACAUGUUUGUGUUCCUGACCCUAAAGUGUUCUUUUAAAUGAGUACUCCAACGUUAGAAAAAAUAUUCUAGUCCAUUUACUCAAUGAACCAGAAUGACGCACUUUCUUUGCUGUGGCUGUCACUUCUUCCCUGAUUGGGGUUAUCAUUACAAAAAAAUCGCAGCCAAUCCAAUGUUUCCCCAUAGUCAGAAACCCUACUGUACAUGCAAUGCUGUUAGCAUCUCCUUGUAGAGAUGCAUUAACCUAGUGCAUCACUAUGUGGAACAUUCAGCGCCUUCAUACAGAGUCCACUUUUUGUCGGUAUAUAAAUGGUAGUAAAUCAAGAUAAAAAAAUAAAUGUAAAAUUAUAAAGGAAAACGUGGUAGUAGGCAUAAAAUGUGACAGAUUCAAUAAUGGUCAUAUGAACAAUAUGAAAAUAUGUUGAUUUGUGAUUAUAUUAAGAUAUAUAGAAACAUAGAAUGUGACGGCAGAUCAGAACCAUUCGGCCCAUCUAGUCUGCCCAAUUUUCUAAAUACUUUCAUUAGUCCCUGGCCUUAUCUUAUAGUUAGGAUAGCCUCUACCACUUCAGCUGGAAGGCUAUUCCAUGCAUCCACUACCCUCUCAGUAAAGCAAUACUUCCGGAUAUUAUUUUUAAACCUUUGCCCCUCUAAUUUAAGACUGUCCUCUUGUUGUGGUAGUUUUUCUUCUUUUAAAUAUGGUCUCCUCCUUUACUGUGUUGAUUCCCUUUAUGUAUUUAAAUGUUUUUAUCAUAUACCCCCCGUCUCGUCUUUCCUCCAAGCUAUACAUGUUAAGAUCCUUUAACCUUUCCUGGUAAGUUUUAUCCUGCAAUCCAUGAACCAGUUUAGUAGCCCUUCUCUGAACUCUCUCUAAAGUAUCAAUAUCCUUCUGAAGAUGCGUACAAUACUCCAAGUGAGGUCUCACAAGUGUUCUGUACAAUGGCAUGAGCACUUCCCUUUUUCUAUUGCUAAUACCUCUCCCUAUACAACCAGGCAUUCUGCUAGCAUUUCCUGCUGCUCUAUUACAUUGUCUAAAAAAGGUGAAAGGGGGGGCGGCGCCGCCUCCCCUUUCACCUUUUUUAGUUUUGUCUACGCUAUAGGGCCUGUGAGGGAGCCCUAUUUUCAGGUGUGCUGCCUUACAUUUAUCUCUGUAAGAUUUAGUAUAUUAGCACUGAUCCUUUGUACAUAUUCUAUUACAUUGUCUGCCUACCUUUAAGUCAUCAGAAAAAAUCACCCCUAAAUCCCUUUCCUCAGAUGUUGAGGUUAGGACUCUAUCAAAUAUUAUGUACGCUGCCCUUGGGUUUUUAUGUCCAAGAUGCAUUAUCUUGCACUUAUCCACAUUAAAUAUCAGUUGCCACAACUGACCAUUUUUCUAGUUUACCUAAAUCAUUUGCCAUUUGGCUUAUCCCUCCUGGAAAAUCAACCCUGUUACAUAUAUUAGUAUCAUCAGCAAAAGUACAUACUUUACCAUCAAGACCUUCUGCAAUAUCACUAAUAAAAACAUUAAAGAGAAUGGGUCCAAGUACAGAUCCCUGAGGUACCCCACUGGUGACAAGCCCAUGCUUCGAAUAUACUCCAUUGACUACAACCCUCUGUUGCCCGUCACACAGCCACUCCCUUACCCAUUCAACAAUACUGGAAUCCAAACUUAAAGAUUGCAGUUUAUUGAUAAGCCUUCUAUGUGCAACAGUAUCAAAAGCCUUACUGAAAUCUAGGUAAGCAAUGUCUACUGCACCACCCUGAUCUAUUAUUUUAGUUACCCAAUCAAAAAACUCAAUAAGAUUAGUUUGGCAUGAUCUCCCCAAAGUAAACCCAUGUUGUCUCUGAUCUUGAAAUCCAUGUGUUUUUAAAUGUUCAACAAUCCUAUCUUUUAACAUGGUUUCCAUUACUUUCACCACUACUGAAGUAAGGCUUAGAUUGUGUUACGGGUGGCGGUAUGGAAACCGGGACCCCUGAGUGCCUGAUGAGAAGUUGGGAGUUUCAGCGUGGUAAUGGACACCAGGGCCUGGUGCAGGGUAACCACACGUCCUCUGGCGUUGAGAACCAGCGUUCGCGCAGCCACAUACCAGAACUCUGAUGCAGCUACAGUGGAUCCCAGGAACUAGGAGCUUGAUAUGCAGACCUCCCAGGAACUGGAUAGGGGGGCUCUGCAGCAGACAUGUAUCCAGUACAGAAACAAGGCAAGGCUAGGAUAGUCACCAAACAUGAAAACAAGACAGAACUAGUAGAACCCAGAACCAGAGAAGGAUAGGAAGCUAAACCCAGAACAUGUACACAAUACAUAAGGGAACAUUAACUAAACAGGGGCAGGACAGGACUGUACAUGGACUGGGAAUACAAACUAAAACAAGACAAGAUAUGAUAGGCAAAACAAGAGGAGAAAUAACUAAGUACUAUAUAUGAAAAUCAUGGGGAUUUAGUCACAUUAUAUGAUCAUACAUUGCAUAAGCCUGCCAACAACGCCAAUGUACCCCAUAUCUGGCAGGUCCUACUCUGCCUAAUGUUUACUAAAAGAACCAUAAGAAACACAUAUAUAGCACUUACCUGCAAGAAAGGCCAGAAGGCUUGAGCAGCUGCCUGCAGGACACUGAAACAAAAGGAAUGACUGGUGGCAACAUAAAACAAACAUUUAAAUGAAACCUGGGCACUGGGAAUUCCAGGGACGGAUUACAGGAAUUAACCCAGAAAAACCCAGCAUAAAGAAAACCAGACAUAGAAUAGAAAACCAAAAAAACAAGAAAAACUAAACAAAAUUGUAAAGAGAGUACUGGAUAUCAGAAGCCAUCACCAGACUGAUCCGCAGAACAAGGCAUGAUGUGACAGAUUGGCCUAUAGUUGCACGACUCCUCCCUACUACCUUUUUUGUGAAUGGGCACAACAUUCGCUAACUUCCACUCUUCUGGUACUACUCCUGUUAACAAUGAUUGGUUAAAUAAAUCUUUUAAUGGAUUUGCUAGUACACCACUAAGCUCUUUUAAUAACUUUGGGUUUGUUCCAUCAGGUCCCAUUGACUUAUUUGUCUUUCCUUUUGACAAUUGAAAUAGAACCUCUUCCUCUGUCAACUCACGUGUAAUAAAUGACUAAUUUAUCCUUUUUCUUAACUGAGACCCCUUUCCUUCAUUUUCAUCUGUAAAUACUGAACAAAAAUAUUAAUUGAGGCAGUAAACUAGACCUUUAUCCUCGUCUACAUAUCUUGCUGCUUUUGUUUUUAAUCUAAUCCUUGUUUUACUUUCCUUUUCUCAUUUAUGUAUCUAAAAAUGUUUUGUCCCAUUUCUUUACUGACUGUGCUAUUUAUUCUUCUGUGUGUGAUUUGGAAGCUCUUAUAACUUGCUUAGCCUCUUUCUGCCUCAUCUUAUAGGUCAUGUCUUCCUCACUGUUUUUUUCUUUUUUUUUUUUUUAUAAUUACUAAAUGCUAACUUUUUGUUUUUUACUAUUUUGGCCACAUCUGCGGAGUACCACAGUGUUUUUUUUGCUUUUACUGACAAGCAUAAUGCAAUUUUCUGUGCAACUUUUAAAUAAUCGCAUUUCUCUUGGACUCCAUUUAAGUUGCUCCAUGUUCUUCUCAAGGAAUUCUUGAAUAUUCUCCCUUAAUAACCUUUCAAAUAUUUUACCAGCCACAGAAGUUAAGCUCACAUGUCUAUAAUUUCCAGGCAAUUAUAGGCACAUAUUAUAAUUUUAGAAAAGUUUGUUUUUCUAAAGUCUAAAACUUUGGUUUUUGUGGUGUGACUCAGUCACUGUUCUUAUAUUAAACCACACUGACUGAUGAUCACUGCAUCCUAAACCUUCACCUACAGUAAUAUCUAAAACCAAAUCUCCAUUUGUUAACACUAAAUCUAGUAUGGCCUCCUUACGUGUUGGCUCCUCAACGACUUGUUUUAGAGACAAUCCCAGUAAGGAGUUUAGAAUGUGUGCUCCUGGCACAAGCAGCUAUUUUGAUUUUCCAGUUUAUAUCAGGAAGAUUAAGGUCACCCAUGAUGAUAACUUCCCCCUUCAUUGUCAUUUUAGCCAUUUCCUCAACUAGUAGAUUAUCUAACUCUUCUAUCUGUGGUCUAUCAUUCAACAAAAAGAGGCUUGCAAAGGAAAUAAUCACUCCGUAGACAUGUAUCUCCAUAGACAUGAAAAAAGUUAGCAAAUGCUAAAAAUAAAAUGUUCAAUAAAAAGGAAAGAAACCUAUACAUGGCAAAAAAAUAGGAAAGCCCAAAUGUACAAAAACAGGAGCUACCUCAUGCAUUUCAUACCUAGUUUGGUACUUGCUCAUAGAGGAGUCUCUCCUUUAUUUAGUGGAUGCCUGGUUUCAGCAUUUAUACAGUGGCACGAAGUGCUUUCCUGAUUUUUAUGUAAACUUGUAAUUUUUUUUGUCAUAUUUAAGGCUACUUGGCCUUCUCUGUGGUUAUAUAGUUACAUAGCUGAAAAGAGAAUUGCGUCUAUCAAGUUCAGCCUUCCUCACAUUUGUUUUUUAUUGUUAAUCCAAAAGAAGGCAAAAAAAAAGUUUGAAGCACAAUUUUGCAACAAGCUAGGAAAAAAAUCCUUCUUGACCCCAGAAUGGCAAUCAGAUUUAUCCUUGGAUCAAGCAGUUAUUACCCUACAUUGAAAGAUUAUAUCCUUGAAUAUUCUGUUUUUGCAAGUAUGCAUCUAGUAGCUGUUUGAACAUCUGUAUGGACUCUGAUAAAACCACUUCAGGCAGAGAAUUCCACAUCCUGAUUGUUCUUACAGUAAAAAAACCUUUCCUUUGCCUUGGAUGAAAUCUUCUUUCUUGUGAAGUCCGGUUUGUGACUAGAUUUCCACACAAUGGAUUGUAUUGGCCCCGAAUAUAUUUGUAUAAUGUUAUCAUAUCCCCUCUCAGGCAAUGUUUUUCUAAACUAAAUAGGUUUAAAUUUGUUAACCUUUCUUCAUAGCUGAUAUGUUCCAUUCCUUUUAUUAAUUUUGUAGCCAGCCUCUGCACUUUUUCUAGUGCCAUAAUAUCCUUCUUUAGAACAGGUGCCCAAAAUUGCACAGCAUAUUCAAUAUGGGGUCUUACCAGUGAUUUAUAAAGAGGCAAAAUUAUAUUCUUGUCCCGAGAAUGAAUGCCCUUUUCAUGCAUGACAAUACCUUACUGGCCUUGGCCACUGCUGAUUGACAUUGCACAUUGUUGCAUAGUUUGUUGUCUAUAACAAUUCCCAAGUCCUUUUCGUGUGUCGUUAUCCCUAAUUUGCUUCCAUUAGGGGUAUACGUUGCUUGUGUAUUCUUUACGCCGAAGUGCAUAACUUUGCAUUUUUCAACAUUAAAUUUCAUCUGCCAUUUGAGUGCCCAGUCCCCCAGUCUAUCUAAAUCCCUCUGCAGCAAAGUAAUAUCUUGUUCACAUUGUAUUAUUUUACAAAGUUGUGUGUCAUCUGCAAACACUGAAACAUGACUUUCAAUGCUGUCUUCAAGAUCAUUUAUAAACAUGUUAAAUAGAAGGGGUCCCAGAACAGACCCCUGAGGGACACCACUUGCCACCUUUGUCCAGCUUGAAAAUGUACCAUUAAUGACAACUCUUUGUACUCUGUUUUUAAGCCAAUGUUCUACCCAAGAACAAACAUUUUCAUCUAGACCGAUUUCCUUGAGUUUGAACACUAAUCUAUUGUGUGGAACUGUAUCAAAUGCCUUGGCAAAAUCCAAAUAGAUCACAUCCACGGCAACACCCUGAUCUAUACUUCUACCUACUUCUUCGUAGAACGCAAUCAAGUUAGUUUGACAUGACCUGUGCUUCAUAAAACCAUGCUGAUUUUCUGAUAACCAUGUUCUUCUCAAGGAAUUCUUGAAUAUUAUCCCUUAAUAACCUUUCAAAUAUUUUACCAGCCACAGAAGUUAAGCUCACAGGUCUAUAAUUUCCAGGCAAGGAUUUCGAACCCUUUUUGAAUAUAGGAACCACAUCUGCCUUUCUCCAAUCCUCCGGAACACUUCCUGAAAGAAAAGAAUCUUGAAAGAUUAAAAACAGAGGUUCACUUAUUUCUGCACUUAGUUCCUUAAGUACACGUGGAUGGAUACCGUCAGGCCCUGGAGCUUUGUUUAUAUUAACUUUCUUUAGUUGCUGCAGCACCUUGUCUUGAGUUAACCAAUUACAAAUAUGGCUGAAGGCCUUUAGCCAGUCAAUCCAAAACGUAAAUGCGUUUUACCUUACACAUAGGGGAGGGGUGUGUGUCUGUAUGUAGGUAUAUUGGUUUCCUCCCUGCUGCCAAUACUAGAUAAAAAAAAAAAACAAAUAUCAACAUUAUAAGAUACUUGUAAUAAAAUAUUUUGUGAAAUACACACAAUGCUAUACAUACUAAAUACCAUCUUCCACAAUAUAAAAAGUAAUCCUAAGCAUUGCUUGACAGUGAUAAGACCAAGUGUCAUUGUCGCUGUUUAGGGACAUUUCUGCUGGUGGUCUGAUGGCUGAGGGGGGCAGAUAAAGGUGCUGCCAUCUUGAUCUGUCGCGAAGUCUUAUGAGAUUUUGCGAGACAGCAGGAUCCUCCAUGGACACAGCCAAUUCCAAGCAGCUGUCACUAAUGACGCUUCAGGGGUUUACUCUGUAGCGCUGCAUUGAUUCAAGAAAAGUCAGGCGGAAGAGAAAUUCAAAGUAGUCACUACUUUGCCUCUGUAUAUCUCUUGACUGGGAUGGAAUUUUGGUAAAAUUUCAACAAACACAAUGAGUAUUUAAUAAAGAUUCCAUGUUUAUGAAAUACUCAUUUUUCAUGGUCAUGACAGUGUCGCUUUAAAGGGCCACUAAAGUAUUUUAGACACCUUCAUCUAAUCUUCAUUACUGCACCCUAAAGUGACCUGUCCGUUUUAAUCCUGCAAUAUAAAACUUUUGUAGAAAGUGCAAUGUUUACAUUAGAGUUAAGUCCUCCUCAGUAUAAACAGCCACUAGACACACUUCUGUGACACUGAAGUAAAACCAUUGGCGUGCGCACGGGGUGUGACGGGUGUGCCUGGGCACACCCUAAUCCCCGUGCGCCGUGCAUGGAUCGAGACCGGCAGGUAAGAUCAAAAUAUCUCCCCUGCCGGCUCAAGCACAACAGAUUGGCCCCGAGAGAGGCUCUGAAGAGCAGCCCUCUUGCGAUAUCUGAUAUUUUCAGAGCGUUGCCGUGGAAACGCUCUGUAACUCUAGCUCUCGCGAGAGAAAGGCAUGGUCUGUACCCUGCGGAGGUACAGACCACAUCACUAGCCCAGUGGAUCACCGGGGAUGGUCAGCAGCGUGCUCCCUCUCCCCCCUCUGCAAAGUAAUAAGGUAACAAGGGGAAAGGGGAGUAAAUGUGCUGUAGGUUUUUUUUAAAUUUUAUUUAAAUAAUGAAACAAUCAAAAUAUAUACAUAAACUAUACCCCACCACUUACUCACUACACCCUAUAUUCACACUGCACCUACACACAAUACACCUUAUGUACACCCCCUACACCACUGGCGGAUCCAGGGGGGGGGCAACGGGGCAAUUGCCCCCCCCCGAGAAAUCCGCCGGUCUCCCUCCCCUGCCAGCACAUGCAGGUGCUAGCCCUGCAAUGUGCCUGCGGACCGGAGGGGAGAUCAGAGAUCUCCCUCCCCGGUCCGCAGGCACUGUGCUGACAGCCGGCAGGGGAGGGAGAGGGAGGAGAGAGAGGACCCGGAGCUCAGUCUGCAGCUCCUCCAGGGUCCUCCUCUCGUGAGAUUUGAAGCGUUGCCGCGGUUACCACAGCAACGCUCCAAAUCUCGCGAGAGUGAACUCUAGCCCGGGAGCGCGGGCUAGAGUUAACUCUGACCACCUGACCACCAAUGAAUCCCCACUGGGACCACCAGGGAUCGAAAUAUGUCCCCCCUCCUCCCCAGUAAAGGUAAGAAGGGAGGGGGGACAUAGGAUAAUAUUUAUUUUAAUUAAAUAAAAAAAUAUUAUACUAUAAAAAAAAAAAAAGCCACCCUACCCUGAUCACACACACACAUAGCCCCCAUACUGCCUCCCCCCAUGCUGCCCCCCAUGCUGCCCCCCCAUACACACAUACUACCCCCCAUACACACACUAUAAAAAAAAAAAGCCACCCUACCCUGAUCACACACACACACACACACACACACACACACACGCAUAGCCCCCAUGCUGCCCCCCCAUACACACAUACUACCCCAUACAUACCCCCAUGCUGCCAUACAUCUCCCCAUACACACGCAUUUUCUUUUACACUUACUGCCCCCCAUACACACAUGCUGCCUCCAUACGCACAUACCUUUACAUACGCAUACCUUUAUACGCACAUACUGCCCCCACCCCCAUACACACAUACUGCCCCCAUACACACACACUGCCCUCCAUACACACAUACUGCCCCCAUACACACAUACUGCCCCCAUACACACACACUGCCGCCCCAUACACACACAUUGCCCACAUUCACACACACACUGCAACUGUUACACACACAUACUGUCCCACACAUACACUGCAUCCCUGACAUACACUGCCCCCCCUACUCACACACACUGCUCACACACACACACACUGCACCCCUUACACAUUGCACCACUCACACACACCACUGCUCCUAUGCCCUACUACCGCCCCAUUUCCCAGCAGACCUCAGGUAAGUUGUCAAACUGUUCUUAAACGGUUUGACUACUUACUCUAGGAGGGGGUCCCGGCACUAUUGACACCAUAACCACAACACUGAGCUGUAGUAGUUAUUGUGUCUGGAUUAUUUCUUUAAAUAAUCUACAAGUGCCCCUCCCGAGAUCAGGCUCUGGAUCCGCCACUGCCCUACACACUAUACCCCUAUACAUAACACUACACACACUGUAUACAUUCUACACACUAUACCCCUAUACAUAACACUACCGCCCCUGCACCUACACACUAUACUCCCUAUACAUAACACUACACCCCCUGCACCUACACACACUAUAUACACCCUCUACACACUAUACCCCUAUACAUAACACUACACCCCCUGCACCUACACACUAUACCACUAUACAUAACACUACACACACUGUAUACAUUCUACACACUAUACCCCUAUACAUAACACUACCGCCCCUGCACCUACACACUAUACUCCCUAUACAUAACACUACACCCCCUGCACCUACACACACUAUAUACACCCUCUACACACUAUACCCCUAUACAUAACACUACACCCCCUGCACCUACACACUAUACCACUAUACAUAACACUACACACACUGUAUACAUUCUACACACUAUACCCCUAUACAUAACACUACCGCCCCUGCACCUACACACUAUACCCUAUACAUAACACUACACCCCCUGCACCUACACACUAUACCCCUAUACAUAAUUCUACACCCCCUGCACCUACACACUAUACCCCCUAUACAUAACACUACACCCCCUGCACAUACACACUAUAUACACUACACACUAUACCCCCUAUAUACACACUACACCCUCUGCACUCACACACUCUAUACCCCCUAUACACUGCACUCAAUCACUACACAAACGCUAUACUCCCUAUAAACACACACAUUACACUGCAUACACACACAAGCACUACACACUCUAUACCCCUAUAAACACCUCACCACUGCAUUCAUACUAUGCCAAUAUACACAUCCUGUGCACCCACUGUACCCCUAUGCACACACAACUCCCCUAAACAAACACUACAACCCCUAUUAGCACACCAGUACACACAUGUGCACAACACCUAUACGCAUACACACAAUUCCACCCCCUGCAACUCCUAGAUACACGAAAUACAGUCCUUACAUGCAAACACAACACACCACUAGGCACACACACUCUAAAGACCCUAUAAACACACACACACACAUAUAAUAUACAGCCCCCAGCUACAUAUUAUACACCACAGACCCCUUUACACUCUACCGGUCUCCUCUACACAUAUGCAAUCACAUAAAACAUCCAAACACAUAUAACACCGCAGGGAGCAUUCCCACACGUGCAAAACACACGUUAACAAUCCUUUUCCACUAAUGGGGACACCAGAAACAAGUCACUAGGACUUUUUCUCCAUCAGACAGCACUGAAUGGUGGGGUAUCUGGUGGGGUAUCACACUAACAUAACAAUUGGGAGGGCGGGGGGAGCUUGUCAAUGGUGGCGAUAUAACGUGCCAUAUUUCUGGCCCACCCUUCCUAGUGGGCUUCUCUGCCUGGGCUUUUUUGUCUCAGUCCAGCCUUGUUCACCGGCCCACAGGCAGGAGAGGACCCGGGGAACUCUAGCCCGCAGUUCCACUGGGUUCCUCUCGCAAGGUCGGAGCGUUGCCACGGCCACGCUCAGAUCUUGUGAGAGUGAACUCUAGCCCUGCAGGCUAGAGUUCACUCACUAGGACCACCAGGGAUCGGGCAUGGCAGCACAGACACACACACACGCACUAACAGCACCCUCACACACCCACACAGCACACAUAUAUACGUGGCGUGUGUGUUUGUGCUUUAGGGUGCACACCCUAAUGCAAUAGGCUGUGCACGCCUAUGAGUAAAACUCUUAUGUGCCAUGAAAGCCCCUAUUCAGGAAAGGAUUGAUUUGAUGUCUUCCUAUGGGGAAGCUUGGAUGCAUGCAUUAUUCUCAGUGCAUGCAUAUCCGGUCCCAAAUACUCCUCUAUAAGGAUCAUUGGAUUGCACCAAUGUGGAGGAGACAAUGACUUCUCAAUGAUGUCAUGAAAGGAGGCGAGUUGAGUAGUGCAAAGGAACCAUCGACACUGGAAAAAGGAAGUAAAAAUGUUUACUUUAAUUUUUUUACGGCACAAGGUUGGGGUAUAUAACUAGGGAUAAGGACAGGGAUGUAUUUAGUAUCUGGGCUGCCCUAGGCAUGAUGUAACUCUGGCACCCACUAAUUUGCGUUUGCCCCACCUCUUUCUGUCAAUGCCACACCUCUUCCUGUUAAACGACUGACAUGCACACUCUCAGAUACACUGACAUACUGAUUUGACACAAUCAAUCACUAACAUACAUACACAAUGACACAGACACUAACUGACAGGCAUACACAAUCACUCAGACACACACACACGGACAGACACAAUCGCUCAGACACACAGGCGCCCCCUUACAGACACAAUCACUCAAACAAACACAUUCACUGACACACACACACGCACUCACUCAGUCACACACAAUCACUCCGAUACAGACAUACACACAAUCACUCACAUACACACUGACAGCCAGAAACACACACUGACAUACACACACUGACAGCCAGACACACAAUCACUCAGACAUACACACACUGACAGCCCCCCCUCCCCAAACAUUAACCAAUUAUUUUUCUAUUUUAGUUUAAAUCCACCCAGCCUCCCUACCUUUGGAAGAGCUAGGUGGAUUUUUUUUACCUGGGGUCCAGUGGGUCUUCGUGAAGGGAGAGAGGCAGGCACUUGGGCAGCUAUCUAAAAAUCCAAGUGGAUGAGCAGCGCUGGUGAGGGAGCACCGAUUUGUGAGCUAUCUCUGCUCAGCUCCCUCGCGACCCGCAGUAAUGCCGGAAUAUGACUUCAUAUUCCGGCUCCCGGCAUUACUGCGGGUUGCGAGGGAGCUGAGCAGAGACAGCUCGCAAAUCGGUGCUCCCUUGCCAGCGCCACCCGUCCGCUUGGAUUUUUAGUUAGCCUCCACCAGGCUAAUAUGGUAUUUGCCUGGGCAUUUCAGGGCAGCGUUUUUUGCCACCCUCUGGAAAGUGCCGCCCAAGGCAAAUGCUUUGUGUGCCUCGUGGCAAAUAUGUCCCUGGAUAAGGAUACUUAAGUGUUGGGAAUACAGGUUUACAUUAAUAUAAACACUGAGCACAAAAUCUGCUCUGCAACAAUUUAUUAUAUGCCUUCUCUUAUUUAUUGCAUUUUACUUGGUAUUAAAUAUGUAACUUUUAGGUUGUCAAAGCUAGAAUGAUAUAUUCCUGCACUAUAAUGCUUUAUCUGUUCAGAUUUUCCACGGCACGUGAUGUUAUUUCAAGUCUUCCUGUUGACAUGUUAAUGAUUUGCAGGAUGGAAUUAUCACAUAACUUUCUGUGCUCUGCAGCUCUCCCCACUGAUGAACAGCAAGCAACUGGCUUGGAAAAGAGAGCAAUUCAGUCCCUGAGUAAAGGAAAGGUAAGAACAUACUGAAGGCUUUAUAAUAUGACAUUUGUACUUUACAAUAUGCUUCUUACUAUCCCAGAGUACCAUAAACUAGCGACUCAACUUCCAUGUUCAGGUAGACAGCCAUUAGAGGAACUUUCACUGUGAGAACGGAGUCAAUCUCCUUCUUGCUGCUAUCCUCAAUUUAAUGGAAGGAGGGCAGCGUGACCCCACAUGCGCUUUUGUUCUUAAUGCUCUUCUGUGACUGGAAAGAGUCAUCCCGACAACAUAAAACAAAAUAGUUGUCAUUAUGGUUUUUUUGGAAGAGGGUCGAGGGGUUUCAGAAAAACAGCAGCAAGCUAGAAAACUUACAAGCAGUUUUAGAUUUUCUAGAAACCAAAAAAGUUCUAUAGUACGGCUGCUUUAUAAUGCUAGAACUGAUGUGGCUUUUCAGUUACCUCAACAAUGAAUGAACCAAUGCCAAAGUGAGAGGAAGCGGCCAGCAUGUAUUCACAAAACCAUGAAACGGCAUGGUUUUAAUUCUAGCACAUAGAGAAGCCACAGUAAUAUUCUUUCCAAAGGCUUUCUUGGAAAUGAAAGAACUUUCAGUCAUUGAAGUCAUAUGGAAAUAGCCUUGCUAAUUGCUCCAAGCAAGCGUAUUGGAGGCUGAGGAUUGGCUAGAAUAACCCAGAUGGCUCCUGAAUACAUAUUGCUCAAGUUAAAAAAAAAAAAAAAUUAAAAAAAAAAAUUUUUUUUAGUAUAAAAAGCUCCACUUUCCACACAUCUGUUUCUGCAGUUGAUACAAAACACACAAAUUAAGCAUUUCCAAUGGUUCCACAAAGUUGGAAUGAAGCUGAACUCGAUCUCAUCCUGAGUAGUUUAUCGCCAGCAUUUUUUCCACAGCAUACCUUAAGAGACUCCAUUUAUAGCCGCUUUAUCGCUGCCCAACUAAACAUCAGUCGAGACUUGAUAAUGGGUGAAACAAGUACACUUUAUUGCACAAAAUUUAACAUUAUACAGACUAGUGUAUCUUCUUUAGCCUGCAGGGGUAAUAAAGCAUGAAUCCUCCCUGCCACUGUCAGGUCUGGAGUUUGUGGCCAAGCCUGAAGCAAGUGUGAUCUAUCACCUGCUGAGUUCUCUCCAGACAGGGCAUCAGGGAAAUUAUAGCUCCAAACCCCCUUCCCCAACAAACUCCAGCAACCAAGACAUCCCCAAACAGCUUACCCUCUGUUAUCCACUGUCCAGAGUGCCCGGAUUCCACAAUCACCACCCAGUUAAAGGUUUGACCAUUGAGUUCUGAACCGGUGCAUACUUCCAUACGGCUGCUACUUCAUCCAUGUCUCUACCUGGUGCUACUGUAAUCAGCAUCCUGGGUGCUUGGUUAGGCUGCAUCUAUUUGGUAAGACUUCAAGGAUGGUGAAACUGGACUUUGAUGCUUUUCAGGAUAGUACCCCAGUAACGGGUACUUCCCCAAAUCAGUCACCCCCUUAACUACCCACUGCCAAAAACAGAAAAAGGCACUCACUACAAUAAUGCAAACGUGGGCAGCAGUAAAUCAGCGAGGAUUCCCAAAACCUCGCAGACGAUACAAAUUAUUACAAAGUGACGAACUGCGCCCAAAAGGUGUAGUAUAAACAUACAGCACCCUUGUGUUAAUAUAAAUGCAUAUAUUUACAUAUACUUCUUUGAGGUCGGUAUAUACAGCGAUUUUUGUAACCUCAAAAAGAGAAAAGGACAACAAAUAGUGCAAUAUGUAACUAUAUAUGCAGUGCUUUCUAUAGUGUAUAGAGGACCAACUCACACUUUACUGAGCUACUAAGAGCUCUGCUGUUAAUCGCCUGGAUGGUACAAUCCCCGUCUUAGGAUAGUGAAGCUUUGUUGUAGUUGCUGUCCAAUAUAUGUAGGGAAAAUAAAGCAGAAAAAGGCUUAUGGUGUAGUAUGUUUAUACACAAAGUAGAUAGUAAAUAAGUGAUAUUCUACUUACAAUUUCCAGAGCAAUAAUUCUCUGGUUCAUCCUGCAUAUCCCAGGUAGGAAUAAUGCCACCAAUGCUCUCCAAACCAGAACAAGUUAUUGCUCUGAAAAUUGUAAGUAGAAUACCACUUAUACUACCUACUACCUACUUUGAUUCUACCAUCCAGGCGAUUUACAGCAGAGCCCUUGGUAGCUUAGUAAAGUGUGAGUUGGUCCUAUAUCCACUUUAUACAAAGCACUGCAUAUAUGGUUACAUAUUGUACUAUUUGUCCUUUUCUCUUCUUUUUGAGGUUACAAAAUCCCUCUAUACCUAUAUAUGCAUUUGUAUUAACACAAGGGUGCUGUAUGUUUAUACUACACCUUUUGGAAUUGGUUUGUCAAUUUGUUACCCACUGUCCAAAGACUCAGACUGCCUUGAUUCCAUAUAGUGUACAAUCUCCACCCGGUUUAAUGUUUGACCGGCCACUGAUCCGAUGUAUAGUUCCAUGCGGAUGUCUUCUGUGCCUCCACCUCCUCCUCCUGCUACAGAGUGACUGACGUCCUCACCACUCGCAGGUGGAGGGGGCAAGGCUAGGAAGACCUCUGGAACUGUGACAAUAGUCCCUCUGGUACUUUUUAGCAUGUUCUUUGGCAGAGUCCUUGGUCUGUAGGGAGGAGGCUGGCCUCCAAGCCCUUUCACAAACCAGGGGAACAGAGGCCUCCAUUACAGGAAAUAAAACCUUGAUUCUGAAAUCAGGCGAACGUUUAUCGUGUAGAAAGGUUUUUUUACUGCACAGUAUAUACUUGAACAUGCACGUUAUUUUUUUUUUUAUUUUAUUUUUUUAUCCAGACUUUUUAAAAUCUCUCUACAGAAUCACACAACACAUCUUUAUCAUUCUUACUGUAAAGAAUCUUUUUGUUUCAUAUAGGUAAAAUCUCCUUCAAAGUCUCAAUAGAUUACAUGUCCUGUCAAUGAAUAAGUUAGCAGAGAACGGUUUGUACUGACCCAUUAUAGGUAUUUGUAUAGAACUAUCUUGUCUCUGCUAAGACUCCUUUUUCUUGCCUGGACUGAUUGCUAAAUUAUAUUUACUAUUUUUAUCGCACUUUCAUCGAUAUUCACAUAGAACACAUCCACUAUACGAUUACGUUGGUUUGGCAUGGACUGUCUUUCAUAAACUAAUGUUGAUUCCUACUAAUGUUAUUCACAAUGAAUUCAUGAGUAUUUUCCCUUAAAAACUAUUCAUACACUUUUCCAAUCACUGAUGUUAAAAGCACGCUCUACAGUUCUCUAAACAUUUUGUAACAGUUUAACCGCGAAGAUCCUCCCCGGUUUACUGUCCACAUUAAUUUUUCCCUUCUGCUCAUUCUGUGAUGAGAAGGUAAGCAUUGGGCACCACUGAUUGGCUUGGAGCAUCAGCUCAUCCUCUCACCAUCCGCCUGUUGUGUACUCAGAAAGGGCAGCCAUUGAUGAUGUUGGAUACUGUGAAUUCUAGAUUUGGGUAAAGCUCCCUUUUUUAUGGAGAUAUGUGGGAUAUCCUCUAUAUAUGCCUCAUGCUAUAUUAAAUCAGUUUACCAGUAAAGUUAAUGUUUAAUUCUGAACAUGCUCUGUAUACAUUUAAAUUGUAAUGCCAUUUAAAAGUGUUGAUUGGGAUACUAACACGACAACUUCUCGCUAGCAUUAUCCCCUUCCUCUUUAACACCACUGUUAAGAAAUAGAGCUUUCCUACCUACCAGGUAUGAGGGAACAGAAGUUUAGGGGGGUUGAAUAUGUAGGAAUCCAGACUUGACUCAAAUCGACUUUUAGGUAUCCUCAAGUAUUAAAGAAGCGGAUGGCAAGCCAAUAACUUUGGGGAAUCAAAUAGGUCUUAUAAUAUUUUCAUCUAAGCUCAAACUCCAGACUCUGGGCAACUACAGUACACAGACCUAUGGGAGGCUGAAUUCAGGGAGGUCCUGGAGGGUACCAACUGGGAAGCCAAAUGGAAGCCUAAUAAUUCUAUGUCAACUUGUAACAUUGAAAGUCAUGCAGUCAUACAAAACCCUACAGAGGGAUGUAAGACAACAGAGCAAAAGUUCUUUAAUAAUCACCCCAGCAACAAGGAGAGCUUUGGUAUGGUCUUGUCUACAGUUUGAGACACCACCCAUGGAAAUUGUGAGGCUGAAAACUAAGGAUAACUAUUUCUUGGAUAAAUUAGCUGGAAGUGAGUCAAGGGGCCCGGACCAUGCAGGUUUUUUCCUCUGAUUGCCCAUCGGUCGGCUUAUCUUCUUUGUCUUGCUUCUUUUUCUUACAAUUUUCUUUAAUGGUUAUGUACACAUCACCCCAUUUUAUCAAAAAGUGGAGGGUGUGAUGGUCAGCCCCUAUAGCUAUUGUCACUGACUGCAUUGAUUGUAAGUCAUAUUAUCCUAGAAGUCAGUGUGGGUUUUUUUUUUUUUUUGCAGCUUCAAGCGUGAUUACCGGUCCAUGAAUAACGGAAUGUCUCAUCCAAGUAUUCUGAAAAUAUCAUGGUCUUGAUCACAUAUGCUUUUUGUAAUGGCUCAAUGUGCCUCCUGGGUAAUCUGGUGUAGUGACAGUUCUUUUGUGGAGGACCCCAGUGAGGAUAUUUUGGUGCUUGAACAUAAUUAUCUUGGGUUUACUGUUAUGCAUUUUUUUUGCUUUGUUUUUAUAUAUAGUUCGGGCUGUUACCUCUUUGUUAUUGAAAACCCAUGCUGCAAUGCAAAUUGUUUAAGGUCUACAAAUCUGUAUCGUUUGUGCAGUUUAAAAAAAUAUAUAUAAAUAUAAUAUAUAUAUAUAUAUAAUAUAUAUAUAGUGUUUACACAUGCUGUCCAGAAUGUCUGAAAAUAAGUUGUGGAUAAAAUAGUUAAUUUAAAAAUAAACAGCAACUAUAAAAAUGUAUUUAAUUGUUGUACUACAGUUAUUCUUGGGUAAGGUGUUUAAUUUUUCUAUUUAAGGACCCUUACAGCAUCCUCAAACCAAAGUCCUAUCUGGGAACCAAAGAAGAUCCUCAUAUUGUGCCUUCCAUCAACCAAAAACGACUCGUAGGCUGUGUUUGUAAGUACUAGAUUGUUAACAAAUGGCUAUUUGGUUGUAAUAUAAAACUGAGUCUAUGCUGUACAAAGCAACAUAAUUUGUUGACUUUGUCCAAUACAAACCUUCAAAAAUCAGUGGCAAAAUAAAAGAAAUAAAGAUGGUAAGAGCUGCUAAUACUCCCAAAAAGGCAGUGUUUACAUUGCUGCCUCAUGACACCUCCAGUGGCAGUCAGACGACCACUAGAGGUGCUUCCUCGGUCAAUGCUGCACAACUUUUCCCAUAGACAUGCAUUGAUUCAAUGCAUCUCUAUGAGAUGCUGAUUUGCCAGGGUGGUGUACCCCAGCCGCACCUCCUUGACUGAGAUCAUUAGAAUUGACAAUCUCAGCCAAUCAAAUGUGUUCCUGAUUGGCUGAUAUCAAUUUGCACAAUGAAGUUUUCACCAUUAGUGAAUAUCCCAAAAAAUCCACUAAAAAUUACAGAAUGAAUUAAUUUGCAUGUCUGCCAAGGAGGUGGAUUGGGGCGGGGCCAGCGUUUGCAGACCCGCAUGUUGCUGAAAUAAAGGUGAGUUUUUGCUGUACUUAAUGGAGACCAGCCACCUAAAUAAUGGUUUAAACACUAUAGGGUCACGGAUACCCAUUUGUUCCUGACCCUAUAGUGUUCCUCUAAGUUUGGGUCCUGGGCUUUGUUUCUGUGAGCAUAUCACAAUUUAUUGGUAUGUAAAUGUGAAGGUUUUGUUGACACAUUAUUGCAUGGUCAUUGCUGCUAGAACGGUUUGCACAAUUUAAAUGAGCAUUGCACUUUAUGGCAAUUGUAGGCACUUUAUUACACGAGAAAGCACUUUAAAUAAUUUCAAGCACCUGGCAUAUUGUUAGUUUUUUUUUUUUUGUUUGCACAUUUUUUGUUUUGGUCAGUUUAUCCAAAUAAAGUUCCUUUUAAUCCAUUCCUGAAGGAAUUGAUUCGUCUGGGACUUACAUGUGGAGUCAUUGACUAAGAUUCCACAUUUUGGACGUGUGUAAACUAAAAUAAAUUUGAUAAUCACAAACCAGUUAAAACUAAUUUGUGUAAUGUUUCAAAUAACUGUGCCUAUAGAAACAUGCAGGUUAGUGUGCAAGACAAUUAGCCCUUAUCACAUUUUAGAUCUACAUAUUGGUCCAAUGGAAAGUUCAGCGCUGGUCAAUGAGUAAAGGACAUACACAUAAUUGUGACAAAGUAAGUUUCGCGUACAGCAACAAAGUGAUGAGGACCGUGCUAAUGAAAGUUCCCUGCUUUUGGUUUAGAAAAUUUAUGCUAUGAUGCAAUGUUGCACUACUCCAUUUCGGACCUCUACCAAUCUGGCAAAGAGAACAUUUCUUUAAAAUUCUUGUGUUCUAAACGUUCAACCAAGCAGAUAUUGUUAAAAUCUUUGUUUAUACAUUGCUCAGGAAGCAGUAUAUUGUGUAUGGUUGAAGGGGUGCAGAGAUUGUGUACAAUUCCAUUAUAACAAUUCUCCAUAUAUACAUUUUAAUGUGGGUAAAAGAUUACUUCCAGUUUAUGCAUGUGUAAGGUACUUUUGCUUGGAAAAAAUACUCAAACUAUCAAUGCCACCCAAAUAUGGAAUUGAUUAUGCAACUUCCACAUGAAGAACAUACUAACAGGGAGCCAUAAGUGUUUUGGAGACACCAUUUUUGCCUUGGACCAGAACCACAGGUGGUGCCACAUUAUGACCCAAUCUUCCUGGGCCUAUUGCCCAUAUUUUUCAGACAUAUGGUGGCAGCACAUAUGGCUAAUGCUUACUAAUUGGGACAAGCAUCUGCAAGAUAGGUGAUUAAGAAAAGUCCCUCCCCUUUACCCUAUAAAGGGCUUCCCCGGCAAAUCCACCUCAGUUCUUCCUAGUCUCAGCAGGGGACGGAUCAGGCGUCUGUUGAAGGUGAGGUACACAGGUUGCUGCUUUGGAUAGGAAGCCCGAUAGCCGCCCGGGUUGUAGGCUAAGCGGCAUGGCUCAGUCUGGAGGUUCUGGAGCCAUUUCUAUUUAACUUUGUGCCGAGUAUGUUCUGGCUUGGUGAGUAUGGGCAGGCCAGGGACGACUUCAUUAUGUUGCAGGCCAUGCGCCUGCGCACAGCAGUGGAACGCAUGCGCGAACUGGAACUUCCAGGAAACCGACAAGUGCUGAUUGCUGUGCUGUUCCCUCUGGCAGCAGGAAGCUUGUCAGAAAGGUUCCAUGUGACACACACACACACACACACACACACACACACACACACACACACACCUACCUCAGAGGUUUUCAAGGUAAGGUUAGCUGAUCUUUGCUUUGAAAAAUCAGUUCUGAUUAAAAUUCCAAGUUAUGGAUGGCAUUGUUUUGCAGAAAAUGGACUGUAUGUGCAAGAUUGACUGUUUGUACACCGUGGAAUGCCUCUGCUAUACAUGGCUUUUGCUUAUUGUAUCUGUGCUUCUCCCCUUAAUAUGGUUCUGGGGUUUAUAAAUAUGACCAAUGUGCUGCAUCUUCUUGGGUAAAAUUAAGCCGAGAAUAUGCAAUCAUUCCUAUUUUUGAGUUCUUAUAGAAUCAAAUAGUGUAUCAACUGCUAUGCCUAAGAUGUUCCGCAGAGACCGAAGAGGUGUCCUUCGAUUUACUUUUAAUGUCUGGCGAAUGUUGAUCUACCUCUUCUUAAGACCUGUCUGGUUCAUCAUACUUUGUGGAGUUGGUUACCACCUGAUGUACUGAGUAGGUUCAUUAGGAAUGAAUCGGUCAUGUAGCAGGAUAAAUCUGCUAAACUUUAAUGAUGGUUAACUGUUCCUCAAACCCCAUGUAUUUCUUAUAUGCAGAAAUGGGAGCACUCUGUGUAACGAGCUUUUCUUGCCUGACAUUGAAAAUGUUUACCAUCAAAUGGGUAAAUGUUACACCCCCAGGUACACUGGGAAUCCAUACAAUUCUGCAGAAGUAGCUGCUUUAAAAACCCUGUUGUCAAAAAAGCUGAGACCUCUUGCAGACAAUCUUUCCAGACUGCUGGGUUUCGGUAUGGGUUAAUUUCCCCUGCAGGGUUGACUCAGUCCUUCAUCCCUUUGAGGUAGAUGACUGGAGUACCAUUCAAUGGAGUCACUUAACAUUCCCAGGAUGCAUUUGGGAACCAGUAUAUAUCUGAAUGUCUCUUGCAUGGCAUUUAAGUAAAACCCACUUGCAAUCACUGGUUUUCUGUGGUCAACUGGGCAAUAUCUGGAUAUGGCCGCUACAGUGGAAAAUUCUCUCCUCUGGAUCAAAGUGUGGAAAUCUUGGAAUUGUCUCCUAGACUCUCUUUGAAAAAGCGGAAGCUGUCCUUUCAGCCUAUAGGAUUAAUUUUCACCGCAGAAUGCAUCUAACACAGGCUGGGUCGCUCGUCUAAAUUCUCGAAUGUGCCGGCGUUCUUGGUCCUAAGAAAAAUAGUAAACUAAUUUCAGAGCCCUUAAGGCAGUUCUUCACUCCCCUCACAGAUUCAGAUCUUGGUUGAUUGAGGGACCUAGGAAAAUGCUGUCAGACCACAACACUGUUUCCCUCACGUCAACAGACAGAGUGGUGCCAGAGGCAAGGUCUGUUUCAGCUAUGUACCAAAACGUUGUACUGGACUCAAGAUUUCUGGGAGGUCCUCUUUCCAUUCCACUCAUGAUGUGUUGACAAUGUCAUCGCCUACAAUCUCAGCAAUAGAAAUUGGGAUCAAAAGUAAGGGUCUAUAGAUCAAUCAUAUUCACGAUCUACAGAGAGAUUUGGAGUGCCCGGAUAGACCUUAUGGCAAAGGAGAACAUGAAGAUUCUCAGGUUUGCCUCUCUGUACAGGACAGUUCACCUUGAAUAGUUGGUCUAUCUAAGGGUAUUUCUUAAAAAAAAAUUUCCUAUAGACUGUUCAAAAGAGGUGAACGGACAGAGCAGUGGUUCUGCCAAUCUUUCUAUACUGGCCAAACACGAGCCAGUUUUCAGCCUUGGUCGAGAUGACUUUGAAGUUUGGGGAUCUUCCAAUCUCAAACACUUUUGGAAGAUGGGAUAUCCUACUGAAAGUGUUUAAUAGGUUCUUAUUGACGGUAAGGCACUGCAUGGUGGAUCCUUCAUCUCCUGAGUCUUCAUGAGUCAGUCCACUUGUUGAGUAUAAUCUAGUCGUUCCACCUCUUUAACAUUACUUUUACAUGAGGAUUUGGGUAGUGUCCAUUGUUGUAAGGAAUGUCAUGGUUUUCUAGUUCAUUUGUCCGCUUGGUUCAAAUUUACACUUCCUGCAGGCGAUUUCCACAGGUUGGGCGUUUCCAUGUUAAUACCAAAUUGUAUUCCCGAAGUUCUUUCUGAGAAGAAAUUGGUCUUCGUAUAUACUGUUUAGAAGUUUCUCUAAAGUAAUAGGCUUCUAAGGCCGCCCCUUUUACUUUGGAGGUCGUUCCUUUUAAUAUGCUAAUGCUUAACCAGCAUUCUUAGUGGCCAUUACCUCUGCCAAGAGUAAUCGAACUUCUGGAUAUAUCUUCAGUGGAAUUUCUUAUAUUCCAUCAGGGUGAAAGUUUUCAUCCUAAAACUUCAAUUCUUUCAGAGUUAUCUUUUAGAGCUGUUAAUCAGCUCAUCCUUCCAUAAUUAUGCCACCUCCCCGCUGGAACCAGAUAUUCUAGAGUUUAAAUAAAGUAAAUUUCAGAUGUACUGAUCAAUAUCAGCCGAAUUCUGAAGAUCAGUUCACUUGUCAACUUCUAUGAAAGUUUUAAGGAGAAUAAAGCCUCUCGUAAUUCUAUUUCUCGUUAUUUCAACAAUCAUAAUUGCCUAUGCUACAGUAGUUUUCAUUCGCCAGCGUCUUUCACAGUGCAUUCCACAAAGGCAAUAUCCGCUUCGUGGGCUGAGAAAAGCUCUUCACCCGAAGAUUAGGGUACUUCAAGCUGUUUAGGCAUAAAGCCCACCCGACUGAGAAUCUUGCUAUAUCCCAUACGUACUGCCACCAUAUGUCAGAAAAAAAACGAAAUUUUUACUCACUGUAAAUGUUUUUUUAUUUUUUUUUUUAAUAUGGUGGCAUUACAAACCUCCCUCUAAAUUACAGUUUUGUUUAGUGUGUGGCUUAGGUGUGUGUUCUUGCUACGACUGAGGUGGGUUUGCCGGGGAAGCCAUUUAUUGGGUAAAUAGGAGGGACUUAUCUUAAUCGCCUAUCUUGCAGAUGCUUGUCCCAAUUAGGAAGCACAAGCCAUACCUAUUGCCACCAUAUUAAGAAAAAAUAAUUUACAGUGAUAAUUUUUUUUUGUUUUUAUUAGAAUUUUGUCAUUAGUGGAUAUAAGUAUAUCUGUGUAAGAUUUUCAUAUAUGCCUGUUUUUGUAUAAGACCUAAUUUCACUAGGGGUUUUAUACACACAUGUGUGCCUGCAUUUAUCAUAAUAAAACAUUACCUUUGCAUAUAUAAGUAUGCUUGCCUUGCCCCUGCCUUUUACCUGAGGUUUCCUUUGUACCUUAAAGGGACACUUUAUACAAUAAAGUCCACAAACUUGAAAAUUGAAUCUUGACUGUAAAUAUUUUCUUUCAAUGCAGGUGAGGAAGAUAACUCUCAAAUCAUUUGGUUCUGGGUGCAUGAGGGAGAGCUUCAUCGUUGUCCUUCUUGCGGUUCGCAUUAUAAACUAGUGCAUCAUGAACUUCCCCAUUAGCCUAAAUCAAGAGGCUCGAACACUGAUUUUACAUUCUUUCAGAAAAAAAAAAUCUCACUUUAUUGCACUUGGGGGACUUAUAUAAAAAAAAUUGUUUUAACCACUGUCUAUGUAUAACAAACUCUAUCCUUCAAGGUGGUGAUGCUGUUAUGAAAUAAAGUAAUAUAUUACAUGGUUGACUACUUUUGUGGGGGUUUUUUCUUCUAUAGAAAAUAAUUUUUGGACUUCAAAAUGUUUCAAA